UUCAAGAUUUCUAUGUAGAUAAAUAACUUCAUUAAAAAAAACAAAGAAUUGCCACAUUUCCAAUAUUCUGCCCACAGUUCAUUUGGCUGGACAACAAAACAACUUUAAAGUCAUUUUUCUCAGUUCUACACUCUGGCGAGUUAAGGUCUUUUGCCUUUGUAGGGCAGCACUAUUGGCUGCACCUUGUAAAUACCUCCAGAGCAGUCAGUUCAGGCACAUUAUCAUCUCUGUAUUUGGGCAAGAAGACUGAUGACAACAAGUCUGAUCAGCCAGUUUGUUCCAAUUUUGAACGAUAUGGGGUUUGUUCUGUCCAAAGUUCAGCAAAAGUGAAAGUGAACAUGUCAGAGUGAGAAACGGAGUCUGUAAAAUGGAGGCUAAAGCUUUGAUUCCAGAGGACGAGCUCUGUUGCUCUGUAUGUUGUGAUAUUUUUAAAGAGCCUGUUGUCCUGAAAUGUUGCCACAGCUUCUGUGGAGUGUGUCUGAAGCAGUACUGGGAAGAGAAGAGCUCUCGAGAGUGUCCCAUCUGCAGGAGAAAGGCCUCUAUGGGGAAACCUCUUGUAAACCUGGCUUUAAGAAGCAUUGUGGAGUCCUACUUAAAGCAGAAGACUGAGAGAGAAACUACAGACAGGAGUGAUGCUCGCUGUAGUCUUCAUGGGGAGAAAUUUCUAUUCUUCUGUGAACAUGACAAAGAGCUUCUUUGUGUCGUCUGUCAGACUUCAAAAAAACACAGAAGCCACCCAGUCUGUCCAGUUGAAGAGGCCGUACUAGAACUGAAGGAGGAACUCAAGCCUGCACUUAAUCAUAUUAAAGAAAAACUGAAGAGGAUUACUGAGGUUGAACAAGAAUGUAAGAAAACAGCUGAACACAUCAAGAGUCAGGUCCAGCACACAGAGAGGCAGAUAAAGGCAGAGUUUGAGAAGCUCCACCAGUUCCUGCGAGAGGAAGAGGAGGCCAGACUAGCUGCUCUGAUGGAGGAAGAGAAGCAGAAGAGUCAGAUAAUGAAGGAGAAGAUAGAAAACAUCACAGGGCACAUAUCCACUCUUACAGACAAAAUCACAGCUAUAGAGAAGGCCAUGGACACUGAAGAUAUCUCCUUUUUAAAGAGCUACAAGAACAUCAAGGAAAGAGCCCAGUGCACACUGCAGGAUCCAGAGCUGCUCUCAGGGGCACUGGUAGAUGUGGCCAAACACCUGGGCAACCUGAAGUUCAGAGUCUGGGAGAAAAUUCUGGAGAUGGUGCAGUACACUCCUGUGGUGCUGGACCCCAACACUGCAGCCCCCUGGCUCUCUCUCUCUGAUGAUCUGACCACUGUGAGAGACACAGGUACAGCGCAGAAAUGUCCUGACAACCCAGAGAGGUUUAAACCCUGUGUGUUUGUGCUGGGAUCUGAGGGGUUUACCUCAGGGACACACAGCUGGGAGGUGAAGGUUGGGAAUAAAUCUGCCUGGAUUAUAGGAGUGGUGAAAGAGUCCAUCAGUAGGAAGGGAGGUAUAACAUGCAGCCCAGAGACAGGAUUCUGGCUCUUAGCGCUGAGGAAUGGUGAUAAGUACAGAGCAGCUGGAGCUGCUGACCUCACACUGAGGAGGAAACCCCAGAGCAUCAGAGUGCAGCUGGACUAUGACAGGGGGGAGGUGUCCUUCUUCGACUCCAGUGACAUGUCACUCAUCUACACUUUUAUAGACACCUUUACUGAGAGAGUGUUCCCAUACUUCUCUCCCUGUGUGAACAAUGAUGGUAGGAACGAAGGACCUCUGCAAAUAUGCCCAGUUAAAGUUUCCGUGACAGUGAUGUCAUCCCAGUGAGCAUUUUCUUUUCUAUUCUUUUUUGAACAAAGAACAGGUGUAGGAAUUUUGGUUGUUUCUAAUCAGCCUCAGCAUGCCUGGUUAUUGACUUGAUCUGGGGCAGACUAGACAUGUGAACUGAUCAAAGGGGGCUGGUUGAUGGCCUACCAGAACCAAAUGGGAGGCACACGCACAGAGGCCUGUCACAUUUGGUCAGUGUGAUAGGCCUCAGUAUGCAUGAAUGUUGAUUUAGGAUGGAGCUACCGGAGACAUGGAAGUAUAAAGGGGGGUGUUUUAAUAGCCUAUUAGAAAAGAGCAGGCAUGCAUACAGAGGUAACAAUAACCGUUUGGUUACCUUGUCGGUACAUUUUGCUCUGGUAGAGGGGUAUAAAACUGGUGCUUGAACAGCACUCUGUUGUAAUUGACCCGCCUUGCUUUGACCAGUAUGUUUCCUGCAGUAACAGAGCCUAUUUUUUUUCUUAAUAUAAAAUGUUAUUGAUCUAAACUUUGGAACUAUAAAUGUAACUUUACAAAGAACCACAUUUCUUCACACAGAUAGGGUACUAUAAUUUUUUCUUCAUUAUUAUUUUAUGAACUGAACAUGCAUUUGUACAAGUACAGGCAAGCAGUAUCUUUUUGGUUUUCCUUUGAUCUGAAUCAUUAGACAAAACUUUAUUUCAUAUGUUUAUGCAUAAAACAGAUGCACUCUUGUGGUUAAAUCAAAGGCAUGAUUGAUGUCAAUCAAAUACCGGAUUGAUGUCAUUCCUGUCUAGUUGGGUUUUUAAGGUUAUGUACAAACUUGAAAUGUGAGUAUCAUGAGCUCUUGUUAGUUCAAUUCCAUCAGUCUCCUGUGCUCUUUUCAGAUUUUACUUUGCAAUUCACCCUGUCUGCUCCAUGCUGCAGGAUUUACAUCUGAGCCGUCAGUAGCCUCACCUGCAAACCUGCUGUUAUUCUAAAACUCUUUUCAUCCCUUUUCCUUGAUUGAUAAUUAUCACAUGAGAAUUAUUCCAAUAAUAAAGCAUAAUGAAAUUAUUGCCAUUGGCAAGUAAUCACAAAGCUUUCUUUGAUUUUAUCUCUCAUAGCAUCACUAUGUGUCCCACCCAGGGAGUUUUUCUUUGCCACCUUCUCUCUAGGUUUGCCCUUGUGGGGGUUUAGGCCAGGGUUUACUGUGAAGUUUAUUGUGACAAAUGUGGAUUUGAUAGCAUUUUCUUUCAUCAUAUCGUGUUAGAGAAUUUAAAUCACAAAAAAGGAUUCCAAUGUGUAAAAACAACAUAAUUAUUUUAAAGAAUAUUAAGUAAUUUUAGUAUACUUAUUUUAAUUUUAAAAUACUUAUUUAGUAAUAAGUAUUUUCAAAUGAAAUUUUCAAAAUAAAAAUAUGAAUAUUUUUCUUUAAAAUAAUAUUUCAAUAUUUUCUAAAUUCUGGCAUGAAUUCAAAUUGUUGGCACAUUAUCAUCUCUGUGCACCCAGCGCCUUUUCUGGAGUUCAUCCUGUGAGAACGUUCACUCACACAUGGACACUAAACGCUCUCUCAGAACAUACAGUACAGUGGAGACAAUGGAGACAGCAGAUAACUGCACUUUUUCUUCCUGUGUGAGAAGGCCCAGAAAGCUAAUGUGAUACCUUUAGUAAAUGGACAAAUGCCUCUUAGCUGCAUAUAUUACCUUUAUUUUUUGUUAAUUAAAUGAAUCUUGGGAAGUAGAAAACAAUUAAACAUGUUGCUAUUUGUGUUAGUCUGUAUUAUUUGAAUAAAUAUAUAAAUCACUGCUUUUA